AUGGUGCACAACGAAAGCGGCAACGAGGCAUCAGUCUCGUCAGUAUACUGGAACAUGGCGGCGGAGUCGCUCAAGGGUAGCCAUUUGGAAGAGGUGAAGAGAAUGGUCAAUGAUUACCGGAAGCCGGUGGUGAAGGUGGGAGGGGAGAGCCUGACGAUAGGGCAGGUGGCGGCGAUUUCGAACCACGACGGGGGUGUGCGCGUGGAGCUGUCGGAGGAGAAGCGGGCUGGGGUGAAGGCCAGCAGUGACUGGGUGAUGGAUUCAAUGGGGAAGGGUACAGACAGCUACGGUGUGACCACCGGGUUCGGUGCAACCUCGCACCGGAGAACCAAAAACGGAGAAGCUCUUCAGAGAGAGCUGAUCAGAUUCUUGAAUGCCGGAAUCUUUGGCAGCAGCUUAGACUCUAAUCACAAAUUGCCUCACACCGCAACAAGGGCGGCCAUGCUAGUGAGGAUCAACACCCUCCUCCAGGGUUACUCAGGCAUCAGGUUUGAAAUCCUUGAAGCCAUUACCAAAUUCCUCAACGGCAACAUCACCCCAUGCCUGCCUCUUCGGGGCACCAUCACCGCGUCGAGAGACUUGGUUCCCCUCUCCUACAUUGCUGGGCUUUUGAUAGGCAGGCCCAACUCAAAGUGCAUUGGGCCUAACGGAGAGACCCUAACCCCAGCUGAGGCCUUUAAGUUGGCUGGAAUUGAGGGUGAUUUCUUUGAGUUGCAACCCAAGGAAGGCCUCGCUUUGGUGAAUGGCACUGCUGUUGGGUCUGGAAUGGCUUCCGUUGUGCUGUUUGAGGCCAACACUCUAGCUGUUCUCGCCGAAAUCAUGUCAGCAAUUUUCGCUGAAGUUAUGCAAGGAAAGCCGGAGUUUACAGACCACUUGACUCACAAACUGAAGCACCACCCUGGCCAGAUUGAAGCUGCAGCCAUAAUGGAGCACAUUCUUGACGGAAGCUCCUACAUCAAAGAAGCCAAGAGGGUUCCUGAAAUGGACCCUCUUCGAAGGCCUAAGCAAGACAGAUACAGAUAUGCUCUAAGAACCUCCCCACAAUGGCUAGGCCCCCUGAUUGAGGUGAUCAGAGCCAAUGUUUUAAAAUGCUGA